UCUCUCUCUCUCUGUGGACUUGACGUGCUGAGACGUGCUCCUGAAACGUAGUGAGAGUUUAGUGGGAAGUAUUGAUUUAUCAAUUCUGAAAUUGGUGCCACAUAGGUGGUUGAGGACGGAGAACUAGUGAAAGUGUUAUCCAGUGGCAAGAACAAUUAUUUCUUUGUAACGGAGAGCUGAAAUGUGAGGAGAGACGUGCGAGUCAGCGUAGUCGGAAGGGCGGAGCGUUGUCAUCGUGUCGAUUGUAACGAUAUCGACGGAAUUUGAUGAUACCACUUCAUUCUGAAACUCUGAUCAAAUGAUAAUGAGUGAUGGAUGCUCGGAAUGAGAAGCAGCUUUCAUGUCGGCAAUGUAGAAAGGAAAUAAAAACACAGAUGAUAAAAUAUGUACCUUGUGAGAAAAUAUUUCAUCCAAGUUGCCAUAAAUUGCAUAGAGUGUAUAAUACGGCAAAUGAAUUAGUUGCGUGUCCUGGAAAGCACGAAAUAUUUACUAUAAAAGGAGCUAUUAGUGAAGAAGGAAGUGCGGUGAAAGAGCGUAAGGCGUCGAAUGCAGAGGAGAAUCAAGCAGGCGAACACAAUAUGGAGUCUAAGAUAGAUUGGCUAAUGAGGAAAAUCAAGGAUGAAAUGGUUAGUAAAAAUGAAAUAAAAGGUAUAAUUGCAGAUAUAAUUAAGGAUGAACUGGAGGAUUUUAAGAAGGAGAUGGAAGAAAUGAGGAAGAUGAUACGGAAUGCGAUGGCAGAUGAGGAGGCCCCACGUAGUUAUGGUGAUGCAGUUAAGGGAAAGAAAAAAGAAAAUGUUAUUAUAAUAAAACCAAAGGAACAGCAAAAGAGUGAGAAGACAAAAGAAGAGAUAAAACAAACUAUUGAUAUUAAGAAUAUGUCAAUAGGGGUAUCAAAGAUGAGAAAAGGAGGAAAUGGUGCAUUUAUAUUGGGUUGUGAAAGUGAGAAGGAAAUAAAACAACUAAAAUCAACUGUUGAGAUUAAAUUGGGAAACAAAUAUCAAAUAAUAGAGCUGAGAAAUGCUCAACUGAAAGUAAAAAUAUUCAAUGUGGACGAAGAGGAAAUGAAAUGCAAUGAGGAGCAAAUAAUAGGUAUGAUAAUAAAACAGAAUAAUUUGGAGGAAGAAAGAAGAGGAUUCCACAUGAAAAUUGUGAAGAAAAUAAUUAAAAAAGGGAAUGAAAACAGUACCAGUAGAAUGAAGAAAGAAGAUGGCUCGCUGAUAAUAGAAGUCGAUGAUACAACACACAAAGAAAUGCUAAGAAAGGAGAAAAUAAAUGUUAGAUGGAAAAAGUGUCGUGUUGUCAAUUUUGUGAAUGUGAAGAGAUAUUUCAAAUAUUGGGGAUAUUAUCAUAUUGCAGCAAAUUGUAGACGACCAAUAACAUGUUCGAGAUGUGCAGGUGACCAUAAGGAUAGUGAAUGUAAAGCUAAAAAAAAAAAAUGUGUGAACUGUAUGUAUAAGAAUAAAACUUAUAAUAUGAAAAUAAAUGAAAAACACAGUGCUUUAAGUAGGGAAUGCCGGACAUUCAAGAGAGCUGUAGAGGAGGAAAGGAAGAGAGUGGGCUGGAGGAGUGAUGAAUAGCAACUAUGGGUUAGAGAAGAAGAAAUAAUGUAUACAAAUGCCCAAAGUCUAAUAGUACACAAAGAUGAGAUUUUCCAUCAUAUAAUGAAGAAAAGAAGUCCGGCUAUAGUUGCACUAUCGGAGGCGAGAGUGAAUGACAGUAUAGAAGAUUUUGAGAUAAAUAUUAGAUGUUAUAGUAGUGUGAGGUGUGAUGCAGAAAAUAGACAUACGGGAGGAGUUGUGGUUUACAUUAGAAAUGACAUUAAAUAUGAGACAGUAAUGGUGCAUAAGAUAAUAGGAAAUUGCUGGUGUGUUGUGAUAAGGAUGAAUGUAAAAUGGUAUAGAGGUACAAUAGUAGUAUUAUAUCAUUCACCUAGUGCGGCUGACGGGAUUUUUAUAAAAUUCAUUGAGGAUAUAGUGGAGGAGUUGGUUGUAAAAGAGCCGUGUAUAGUGAUAGGCGACUUUAAUCUAGAUUGGAAGUCAGAAGCGUUUUAUAAAAAUAAGUUAAGAAAUAUUAUGUUAGGAUUAGGAAUGAAGCAAUAUAUUAAUCAAACAACAAGGGUGACAAUCAAUAGUAGUACUCUUAUAGAUUUAGUUUUUGCGAGCCUGAAUUUAAGUGAGAAUGUAACUGUACUUGAGAAUCAGAAAAUUACGGAUCAUGCAUGGAUAAGAAUUAAAUUUAUAACGGAACAUGAAGAUAGUCUCUACAAGGAAUUCAGGGGUAGAGCCUAUAACAGGAUGAAUGUAGAAAAUUUCAUUACGAAAUUACAGCGAAAUAUGAAUAGUAAUUGUGAAUUAAAUAUAAAUGAAAGGGGUAACAGUUUUGUAAAAAAUAUAGUUAAGGCAUUAGAUGUGGUAGCGUCUGAAAGAUCAUUUAAGAUACCAAAAGCGUGGGAGGGGAAAUUAUGGUUUACAGAAGAUAUAAGAAAGACAGCAAUUGCUAGAGAUAAGGCAUAUGGUAAAGCAGUUUACACGGGAUUGGAGCAGGACUGGAUGCAAUAUAAAAUCGAAAGAAAUAUAGUUGUAAAACUUAUAAAAGAUAAGAAAAAGCAAUACUAUGAAACUAUGAUUGAUGAUAAUAGGUCAGAUUCAAGGAGAAUAUGGAAAGCAUUAAAAGAAAUACUGAAAGGGGAAACCCCAGAUGAAAAAUUUAUUGAUAGGGUAGAUUUUGAAGGUAUUAUUACAAAUGAAGGAAUAAAUAUUGCGGACAAGUUCAAUGAAUAUUAUAUUAACAGUAUUGAUAAUAUUAUAAAGAGUAUUGUUCGCGAUGAGGGAAUUCAUCCUUGUGAGAGUUCCUUGACGAGAAACAUAAGUUGAAACAGACCGGGGUGGAGUGGGUCGAAUCAGUGAAUUUCGUGAUCUCGUAAUAUAAAAUCUGACCUCUUCUUAUUACUGUGAACCGAAGGCUCUAGAUCUGCCCGCUCCGCUCGUAUUUGUCUCAACGAGCAUAAUAUUGUCGCGAUUUCGACCAUGAAACCAUGUCCGAAGUAACUGAUCGAAUAUCCAUAUAUGGACAUUUCCUUUGUUUGGCCCGCGAUCAAAACUUGUUAUUCGACCGUUCCUCACGACAACAUGGGCCGGUUUGCCUGUGUCCGCGACGGCGACAUUCAGAAUUGUCUGAUCCGUGAGCCAGACCGCUUCUUAAGUCUCCGUAGAUUUCGCUCCGAUUUCUGCAAUUUCGAUAAGUGAGCCCGAUCAGUUACGUCGGUGUUUGGUUUCUUUCCGAUCCUCCGCGGUCUCGCCGACGACCGACGAAAUCGCUUCGCCACAGGAGACGGAUCUCCGAGUCUGUAAUUUCCGUCUUAGUGUCCGACUCGCCCGACGAGUCAUUGUGACGAUCGGUCCGCAAGUUCGAUUGCUUCCCGUACACGUGGAGACAAACACGGCGCACAACAUCAAGAUUUCCGCGAAAUCCGUCUAGUCGGGCCUACGUUUCCGCCUUCCCGACUCGCGCCUAUACCCGGCGACACAAUAGACGCAGCGUGCUGCUCGCGGCCGUGACCGACUUUCCUGGCUGAAAAUAAAGACAACUUCAAGCCUAAAUCGAGUGUGUUUUCCUCGAUCCAUCUCACGAUUCUUCCUGCGGACGCUCGCUCUCAUCAAAGGAGAUCGAGCGCACGAACUUCGUGCUCAUCGUCUGGGCAUUCCCGGUGCAUCACAACUCGCAGACGACAAGUAUUAAGAAGGUAAAUGGUCAUAGAAGUGAUAGGGAAACAAUAUAUGUUAAUGAAAAUAAAGAAAUAUUUGAAUAUUUUGAUCCUAUCAAUACUAGUGGAUUGGAAAAAAUCGUUAUGAAUCUCCCGGAUAAAAAAAGGGACAGCCGAAGGAAUAAGCGUUAAUGUGUUGAAAACAGCAUUUUGUGUAGUAAAGGAUGAAUUCAAGAACAUAAUAAAUAAAUCGUUAAUGAUAGGAGAGUGUCCUAGCGGCUGGAAAACAUCCACGGUGAUUCCAAUCCCAAAAA